AAUAUGGAUAUUAAAAAUGCAACAUCACUGACUAAGUUUGUUCUCAUAGGACUUAUCUAUCAACCAGAGUGGCAUAUUCACUUGUUCUUGAUGUUCUUGAUGUUGUACCUCAUCACUACUAUGGGAAACCUUGGACUAAUUUAUCUCAUCUGCAAUGACCCUCAACUUCACAUCCCCAUGUACUUUUUCCUUGGGAGUUUAGCCUUUGUGGAUGCUUGCAUAUCAACCACAGUGACUCCCAAGAUGCUGGUCAGUUUCCUCACCGAGAGUAAAAUGAUCUCUCUCUCUGAAUGUAUGACACAGCUAUUUUCCUUUGCAUUCAGUGCAACCACAGAAUGUUUUCUCUUGGCAACAAUGGCAUAUGAUCGCUAUGUUGCCAUUUGUAAACCACUAUUGUAUCCAGUGAUUAUGACCAAUAGACUAUGCUUCCAACUAUUAGGCUUAUCUUUUGUCAGUGGCUUUAUUCACUCCACAAUUCAUAUAGGUUUUUUAUUCAGAUUAACUUUCUGUAAGUCUAACAGAAUACAUCACUUUUACUGUGACAUCAUGCCAUUGUUUAAGAUUUCUUGUACUGACCCCUCGGUUAAUGUUCUAAUGGUUUUUAUUUUCUCAGGGUCAAUACAAGUAUUUACCAUUCUUAUUGUCCUUGUCUCUUAUACAUUUGUUCUCUUCACAAUCUUAAAAAUGAGGUCUAUACAAGGCAUAAGGAAGGCCUUCUCCACCUGUGGAGCUCAUCUCCUAUCUGUCUCUUUAUACUAUGGGCCUCUUCUCUUCAGAUAUGUGCACCCUGGAUCUGAAAAAGCAGAUGAUCAAGAUAUGAUGGACUCUUUAUUUUAUACUGUCAUAAUCCCUUUCUUAAACCCAAUUAUCUACAGCCUGAGAAAUAAGAAAGUCAUAGAUUCACUGACAAAAAUGUUAAAGAGAAAUGUUUAG